GCCCGGCCCGGCGGGGACCUGGUCCCCGCGGCCAACACCGCCCCUCCCCCCGGGGCCCGGCGAUUCCGGACCUUUCCGACCGUGGACUGAGCCGCGGGAGCGUUGUCGCCCCCGGAGGACCCCGGGGCUAGCUGAGCAGACCCUCGCGGCCGCUCCGGACGCCGCAGGUGCCGGAGCGCGGUCAUUCGGGGUCCGGGCUGAGCACGCCCCGGGCGCCCACGGGUGCCACUCCGGGCAGGGCAGGGCAGACCCCGGCGGAGCCCGGAGCCGGCCGAUCUGGACUGGACAGAGCGAAUUCAGGACGGUGCCGAGCCCCGGGAAUGCCCGGCGUGGGCUGAAGGGAUCCCAGCGCCCUCCGAUCCCUCAGACUUUGGCUUGCGUGCUGGGACCGGACCGGCGUCGCCUCGGUCGCCCUGUGCCCGGUUCACCUGUGGCCUCAGAGCCCCGGACCCGCCGGACCGUUGCUCAUUCCCCACCAGAGCCCGGCGGGGGUUGGGAGAGAUUUUUCCUGGCCUCUUCUUUGGAGCGUGGAGGCCCCGCCCCCUCCCACCGUCCAGAUGUCUCCAGUGGCGGCUCUGAGGACCUCCUUGAGGCCAAGGGCUGAAGGGUCCAGAGAGAGAAGCCCGCCCUAGGGAGCCUUGGGGGCCCCCCAACCUCGCCUUGGGACUUGGCCCCCGACGCUGCGCGGAAGGAAGGCCGGUGCCCCCACUCCCCCCCUUGCCCAGUGACGACCCCAGCAGUGGUGGCGAGCGGGAGCGGAUUCGACAGCGCAUGAAGAUGGUCAUUGGGCAGCUGGAGGACAUACUGCGAGAGCUCAAGGAGGUGGCCAAGGAGCUAAGGGAGGUGGUGAGCCAGAUCGAUAAGCUAACCUCGGACUUCGACUUCGAACUGGAGCCAGAUGACUGGACCACAGCCACCGUGAGCAGCACCUCCAGCAGCGACAAGGCGGGCGUGGGCGGCCCCUUUGACCUGGGCCACCUGGACUUUAUGACAGCUGACAUCCUCUCGGAUAGCUGGGAGUUCUGCUCCUUCCUGGACGUCUCCACCCCCUCAGACUCCAUGGACGGCCCCGAGUCGACCCGGCCGGGGGCUGGCCCUGACUACCGGCUCAUGAAUGGCGGCAUGCCCAUCCCCAACGGGCCCCGGGUGGAGACCCCGGACUCCUCCAGCGAGGAGGCCUUCAGCGCUGGCCCUGUGAAGGGCCAGCUGCCCCAGCGGACCCCGGGCACGCGGGAGAGGGUGCGGUUCAGCGACAAAGUGCUCUACCAUGCUCUGUGCUGUGACGACGAGGAGGGGGACGGCGAGGAGGAGGUGGGCCUGUCCCCGGAGCCUCCCCACACAGAGGCCCACGCGGGCCCCCUCAAGCCCUCCCCGGCUCCCUACAAGCCGAGGCGCUCUCCACUGACUGGCCGCCGCUCAGGCCCCACCUCGGCCCCCGAGCAGACCCGAAGGGUCACAAGAAACAGCAGCACCCAAACGGUGUCAGACAAGAGCACUCAGACUGUGCUGCCCUACAUGGCCACCAGACAGAAAGCCAAGGGGAAAAACUAGGGGCCGGGGAGGGAGCUGGGGGGCGGUGGGCACA